AUGGCUGUUCCAAAUGGGGUUGCGAAAAGUGUGUUCUGUUUUGCUGAGCUCGUCGCCUUCCGGGUCCUCGAUCCUGUCUCCUACCCGGCACAAGGUAGUGUCGCCGGGCUGGGAGCGUUCGUCGGAACCCUCAAUCACGACAACUGGUUGGCAGCGGUGGGAUACGACUACGUGGGACUCGACUUCAUGGAAUUCGACUACACCGGGUCGACUUCGCCGGACCAUGACUCUCGGUGUGGGUUUGUACCGAAUUGGGAAUCGAUUUGGUACAAAAUUUGGUACGAGUUGGGCGAGGACAUCGGGUUGUUUCUCGUAAAUUUCGAAAGAACGUGCGAGAAAGUGCACUUCCUCCGCGAGACAUGGCCCCAUAAGCUACUGACGCUACUCCCUUGCGAAGCGGCGGACGUAAUAGCGCGCUUAACAAGAGAGGACGCCGACAAUUACGACCAAGUAAAGGCCGCACUUCUCAAGAAGUAUCGCUUGUCCACGGAAGCAUUUCGCCAACGCUUCCGUCAAGCAUCUAGGAAGCCAUCUCAAUCGUGGCCAGAGUUCGCAUAUAACUUAAAGGCAGAUUUGAUAGAGUGGCUAAAGAGUGCCGGGGCACACGGAGACCACGAUAAGGUGGUCGAGUGUGUUGCAGCGGAGCAGUUCUUCCGGGAGCUCCCUGAAGCCGUGAUGUUCUGGGUUCAGGACAGGCUCAGCGAGCCUAAUCUCAUGAAGGCCGCGGAGCUCGCGGAGGAACACGCGAUGAGAAGAGGCCUGCAAGGUGAUAGCUCAGGCAAGGCGCAGAGGGACAAAGAGGGUAAGAAAGCUUUCUGGUCGAAAAAGAACGAUGUGAGAAAGCAGUUCCCAAGACGGUUCGCUAGCGAGGGGUCUUUCCGGAAACCUAAAGAAAAGGAAGUCGAGGCAGCGAACAGGAAAUUUGGCUACCAGCCGAAACCAAACAGCGAAGGCAGCAAGGUCUUCGAAAAAAGGAGACCAUCUAUUUGUUUUAAUUGCAAAGAGCCGGGCCACUUUGCGGCCAGCUGCACAAAGAAAGUGGCUUUCCACUAUGUCCGUGACAGCGAAGACAACGAGAGGUUGUUAGAGCCCUACACGCGACAAAUGCUAGUAAAUGGCAAAGAAUGCCGUGUGUUGCGAGACUCAGCCGCGACGAUGGACGUCGUACACCCUACGUACGUGCGACCAGAGGAGUACACUGGAGACUGCGCUUGGAUUCGACAGGCCAUUUGCAAAAAAGUGUGCUCGAGCGAGAAAAAGGGACCCAAGAACGCGAAUGCAGUGGACUGCUCGGAGGACGAUUCAGAACUGGACGUCUAUCACUGCCUUAACACGGUGCGUUCGGGUUAUGAAGUGAAAGUCAAUGUUGAAGGGGCGGACGUUUUCAUGCAAAUUGAUACAGGAGCGGCUGUAACAAUUGUUCCUGAAAGUGUUGCGAAAACCGUGUUCCCUCAUGUCAAGUGUGAGCCAUCUCGGGUAAACCUAAAAACGUACACGGGUGAACGAAUCCCGGUAAAGGGGCAAUGUGACGUUUCCGUCACAUACGAAAACCAGACUUUGAAACUGCCCGUUAUCGUCGUCGAUAACCAAGGCAAGAAAUUGCCGUUGCUCAUGGGGCGGAACUGGCUUGAGAGGCUCAGACUUGAUUGGAAAAGCGUCAUGUCACUGGAGCAUGUAACUGAUUCACACCGAAUAGAAGCGCUGCGUAACAAGUUCCCGACAGUAUUUUCUAAUCAGUCUAGUGUCACGAACAACUAUCAAGCGAAGAUGGUUCUAAAACAAGAUUGUACGCCGGUUUUUUGCAAGGCGAGACCGGUGCCUUACGCGUUACGCGAUAAGGUUGGAGAAGAGCUGGACAGGCUAGAGAAGAGCGGGGUUUUACGCCGCGUAAGUCACAGUGAGUGGGCGACUCCGGUAGUUGUAAUUCACAAGAAAGAUGGAUCACUCAGGUUGUGCGGGGAUUACAAAGUAACGAUCAACCCUGUACUAAAAACCGACCAUUACCCACUGCCGCGACCUGAAGAUCUGUACACUGCCAUCGCAGGUGGCAAAGUGUUUUGCGUGCUGGAUCUUUCUGCUGCGUAUCAGCAGGUACCGCUGGCUGCCGAGUCCAAACCACUUUUGACUAUAAACACGCACAUGGGGUUGUUUCAGUUCCAACGCCUACCGUUUGGUGUGGCCAGUGCGCCAGCCAUUUUUCAGUCCUUCAUGGACGAGGUGCUUAAAGGCAUACCUCAUGUGGGAUGCUACAUUGAUGACGUCAUCGUGUCUGGAAAGGACACCCAGGACUGUCAAAAGACGCUGGAAUGCGUCUUGCGUCGACUUCGUGACUACAAUGUCACUUUGAAAACGGACAAGUGCCGUUUUUUUCCAAAGCUCGGUGACCUACCUGGGUCACACGGUGAGUGCCGAUGGCAUUUACCCGACAGAAGCAAUGACAAAGGCUAUCACAGAAGCGCCCGAGCCCACCUGCGUAACGGAACUGAAGGCGUAUUUGGGGAUGCUAAACUUUUACGCUAAGUUUCUCAAGAAUGUUUCGUGCGUAGCUGAACCGCUUUAUCGGUUGUUGAAAAAAGGUGAAAAGCGGUCGUGGACUCGGAAGUGCAGCGAGGCCUUUGCUGCUACGAAGCAGUUGCUCGUAAACAGCCAGGUUCUUACGUUCUACGACGUAGACAAGCCAAUUGCAUUGCUGUGUGAUGCUUCAUCGUACAGGAUUGGGGCUGUCAUUUUUCAUGUAACACCAGAAGGGGAAGAGCGCCCAGUGGCGUUCGCGUCGCGAACGCUCACGUCAGCGGAAAAGAACUAUGCGCAGUGCGAGCGAGAAGCGCUAGCUCUGAUGUUUGGUCUGAAAAAGUUCCAUCGCUACCUGUAUGGUAGGGAGUUCACUCUCUAUACAGACCAUCAGCCACUGCUUGGGAUAC